AUGCAGUUACACAUCCAGUGUUUCAUAACCAGAGCUUCUCCUGUUCCCCAGAAGACAAAUAUUGACCUUGUUAGAUCCAGCAGCGGUGAAGCAAGAAGGCGCUGGGCCUCCGGUGGCGAGGGUGGGCAUUGUGAAAGAAAGAGUGGGGUCGUGAGGGAACCUGUUUCAGGAAUCAAUCCUCUCACACUACUAAAAGCAGCAGAUACCUCGGCUGAUCUGAGCGCAGACGCCGUCCUGGCCCUGAACGCUGCUGCGGUUAUCGCCAACAUAAAGCUGCAGGCCCAGCAGAGACGAACUACAUCCCACACAGCAACAGCAGUGUGUUUAACAGAAGAUAUACGGCAAAGUGAACACAGAGAGCUCAAAGAAGAGAGUGCUGGUGCUGAUGGAAAGAAAAAAACAUGUCCAGCAGAUCAAUGUGUGGAUUUUGUCCCAUUCGAGUCCCAAAAUGACCUUUCUGAAACUGCUUUGGCUCCACUGUCACUUAGUGAGGCUUUAGCGACCAGACGGCCUGAUUUCAUCCAGCGCUCACAGGCCAGGGUUCGAGCCCUGGAGAGAAGGUCACAGGAGAGGCAGAACUCCCUCAGCUCACCACAGACACUCCAGAGCGGAGAAAGCCUUGUAAAAUCCAAAGACAGAAGCAUCAUGGGAAAGAGUCUACAGCUGUGGUCCAGGAGGAGUUAUAACCAGCUGCCUCAUGUGAAGAAGAGGAGAGAGGAAGAAAAGAGGAAAAUAGAAGAGGAGAAAAGAAAACUGGCAUCUCGGAUCAACAGGCUGCGGGCAGAGCUCUUUAAAAAGAAACUUCUGGAGCAGAUUUUGCAGAGGAGAGGAAAUCACUGACACCGUCUUGGACUCGUGUUUCUUCUCUCUCCACAGUUCUCAUGCCGGCCCUUGAAAGAUAUGACACGACAUUAGUUAUAAAUGUUCUGGAAUAGUUCUUUCCAGAACGAAUGUGCCUCAAACAUGCAGCCUCAUGUGGCUCUGGAUUACAUCUUCUCUCUCUAUACAUACAUUACUGGUUAAAAAUGUGGAAUAAUUAUGGUUUUAAUGUUACAGCGUAGGCUUAUAUUCAGUUAGACUGCAUUCAUUUGCUCAAAAAUACAGUAACAACUGUAACAAAUUUGAAACAUUAUCACAAUUUUCUGAAAUUUAUUCCUGUGAUACAAAGCUGAGUUUACUUCUCAGUCUUCAGUGUCACAUGAUCCUUCAGAAAUCAUUCUAAUGCGCUGAUUUGCUGCUCAAGAAACAUUGAAAUCCGUGUUUGCUGCUUCAUAUUUUACAGAAACGUUGCAUUUUUCAGUCGUACAGAUUCCCGACAGCAUCACAUGGCAAACACAAGACAUCAGAAGAGUCUUUUUGGCUUCUCGGAGAUGCUACACUUGCCAUAUAGACAGAUUGUUUGCUCUUUCUGUGCCUCUAUCUCUGUCAUAUUAUAUUAUGCAAGAGACACAACAUAAAAGAGCACAUUACAGCUCCAGUCCUCAUCGCUAAAAGCCUAAAAUCCAACAUUUGGAGACAUUCUUAUAAGAUGAAGGGCCUAGUCCCGCUCUCAUGCAGUCGUAGGGUCUGCGGGCUCAUUAUGACAUCAGUCGCCUUCCUCUGUCCGUGUCUCUCCGAGCCAUUAGCCAGGAGCAAAAGGAAUUUGACCUCGUCUGAAUAGGAAUGCAUCACUAAUGGAGCCGAGUGCUUGCGCGGGUGAAAGAGGCUUUUGUCCUCUCUCCGAAUGAGCCAAGACUGUCCCAUAUGUGCCUGCUUAGACGGGACACGACUGUGUAAUAGCCUUGCAGUAAAACUUGAUUUGAUAGACUUCAUAUCAUGUCCUGUUAUUGUGUUUGGUGUUUUAACUAUCACAUUUUUAAAAUCAAAAGAUUGGGAAAGUGAAGUGGAGUAAUGUAGCUUUGUUUGUGUAAGAUGAUGCAUUUCAGGCCAGACUUUACACAAGUACAGACAUGUAAGUGCAAAUACUCAGCCUUUGGACAAAUUAUCCCUGUAAGUCCCUUGUAAUUUCACUCAGGUGUCAUCUUUUAAACACUAUUUCUGGCAUGCAAGUAACAGCUUUUAUUUCUUUGGAUGAGGAAACAUCAAAUUCGUCACAGCAAUGCAGCAAACCUUCUAUUAAAUUUAAUAUUUGAAAUCGCCAAUGAAAUCUGACAACUGUCUGUCUAAAUUUUGCUUAAAUAACAUUAAAAAGCGUAUCUUUCAGGUUAGACCAGCCAAUGAGCAUUUGCAGUUAAACACACAUUCCCCAAUCAAAGCUUCUAACUGCAGCUGCAGUGACACGAUGACUUUACUGAUUAGUGAUUGGCUCUUUUAUUCAGAAGGCGGGACUAUUCCACCAUACAAUGCAUUGCUUUUUUUUCGUAAGUCAUGUAAAUGUGUACAGUCUUUGUAUGUCUUUAAAGCCUUCACUGAAGUCUUUGGUACAAUAACAUUGUCUGUUUACAGGUUACUCAAGGGUGCGCUAUCAUUUUAAAAGAUGUAAUUCAGGUAAAUAGCCAUAAAUAUGACACAUAUUGGCUUCACAGACUGGUUUUAAUGUUUUAUGCCUGACUGAGA